AUGUCUUUCAACCCACAGGCAUCACCAUUCAGCAGCAGCCCAAUAUCUGACAAGAACCAUGCUUCCUGUGCCCCACAGCGACAUUUUCACCGUGGCGGUUACAUGAAACGGCAAGCCAAAUGGCAACUUCAAACCAGCCCAUCUUCAUCAAAUCGCAGAAACGUAUGUGAUCCGCUUGCGGAGGGCAGGCGUGUUCGCGUCGAUAAUGUCUUUUAUGGAACAAGAUUCGUCCCAGAGUUUAUCGGCGCCAUAGGCAUACCCAAGAGCGAUAUCGAGCGCAUACACAGCACGGGCACCUCCGGAGGUCCUGGAAUGUGUUGGGUCGAUUUCGUCUCUCAUGCUGCGGCCUCCAGGGCCGUUGUGAUGCUAAGAGCCGAGUUGCGCAAGUGGCUACCACAAGUUUUUCUUUGUUCACCGGCAACAGACUUGAGCGGACGCACAACCUCCACUGGUUGGCUCUCUAACGACGACGAUCUAACCUUGACCGAGGAUUUCACCAUCGACCAAGAAUGGCCUGCUUAUGACUUGGGGUUUGCUUCGCCUGCAAGUGUUAGGUCACAUCCUUGGUUAUCGUCACCCAAGAAGGACCUGCUGAGUACCAAGAAUGGCAGUCUUCCCGAUAACACAAGCACAUCAUCACUUAGCCAUGUUGCAGGAAACUGCAGCACCAGGCCGACCUCCGACCGCGCUAGCAUUACGACGGAGAAUACCUUUGAUAGCAGCGCCGUCUCCACAUCAGAAGGUAUCGAAAAGGACGCCCCAGCGAAGGGCAUCUGUAAGGACAUAGAUGCACUUGGCUCUGGCUCCGUCGGAACCAAGAUAGGGGUCGACAGCUGCCUCCAGAAUAAUGUCUCCAAGGAUAAUCAGCUAGAUGAGAUCAGGCCACAAGACAUCAAGAGUUGGACUCAGUCGAUAGUGACGACUAGACAACCGACCGAGCCAACCCCAAAGCAGUCAGCAAGCUCUGUCAAUGCCAACACACCAAAACCCAAAACAUGGGCCACUAUUGCAUCGCCCUGUCGACAACGGCCUCGCUCAACCUCUGUUCAAGAAGCAAGGAAAGCUACAGCAAAAGAUCCGGGUGUUGUCAAGGGCGCAACGGGACCAAGAGCAGGACCAAGCUGGGCUGACAUCACAAAGAAGAGACCUGCGUCCACUAUCAAAGUUAUAUCUCCCGUUUCCGAAACGAGGCCUCCAAGUAGGUCAUCACCCAAGAAAGAGGAUAAUAGCUGCUCCAUGCCUGUCAGAAAGCCGCUACUGCCCUCGCCAAACCCAACAUCACACCGGACCAUUUUCGUCACGGGGCUCGACCCUACUGAAGAUCAGGAUUACCAUCGGGAGGAAAUUCUAAAGAUAUUCGCCGGCUUCAAAGUACAUGGAAUCAGCAAUCGCAAGAAGACAGACCGGGCUGGCAACCACGCCAGCUGCUUUAUCGACAUGGAAACCGCGGAAGAUGCACAGCAUGCUAUUGACAGAUGGCCAUGGCCUACAGACAGGAUCGGCGGUCAAUUCAUCCAAAUCGCCCGGGCCAAGAGCGAGAGCAACAGACCGCUCGACUACACGGUGGUAAAGGAGUCAAGGGAGCGGCAAAGUCGGAGGAAUAGGUGA